AUGACGAUGGUCAUUGAGAAUCAGAACCGCCAGUACGGCGGCAUGGGGGGCUUCGACCAUGCGUACCAGAACAAUAUGCACCACACCCACUCGCCUCAGUUCACAGAUCCAUGGACGCACACUUCUUCCCACUCGAAUCCACCCGUUUAUCCUACCACCUCUAUAGGCGCGAGCCAGAUGAGUAUGAGUCCCGUCAAGCACGAGGACGUGGCCAGACCAACGGCCAUUUCGCUGCCCUACUCUAGUAUUCCGGUUUCUGCUCCGUCACUGGUGGCCGGCAGCACCUACUCAUCAGCUGGGUAUGGAGGAUCAGAACUGUUGAACAUGCACCACGAUAUUCCGCGCUCCACUUUUGACGCUGCCCCUUCAUACACCGCAGCCACCCCUAUUAACAACUUUACACCUGCCAAUUAUACCUCUAUGGGAUAUGCACCAGGACUACAGCAAGAUGCGCGCCGCAUGUCUGAGGCCAGAAUACCUCAGCCUUCUGCGUCGUACAGCGAUGCCAUCGAUGCCAGUCGUGGAAUGGUCGCUCUUAGCCAGGAUUUGACUCCGCGGGGGAUCUAUGCUCCUCGGAGCUCUCGAGGGUCAGCAGAUUCUUAUGGAUUCCCUUCUACACAUUCAUCCGUGUCUUCCAUGUCGUCAGCCAGCAAUUACCCAUACUACAGUGCCUCAGUCGCAUCAGUGGACUCCUCUGUGACGGAUUAUAGUUCGACCUCAGACCAAUACGAUGGCCUGCCUUCGCGAACACUCCCCCGGCCAAACGGUCUUUUGGGCGCUGCCGCGCCUUCUGGUCCUCAGUCGAUGAUGGGACAGUUCAGCUCGAAGAUGCCGUCCAAUGCACAGAAGAAGCACAAAUGCAAGGUUUGCGAUAAGCGGUUUACGCGCCCGUCAUCUUUACAAACCCACAUGUACAGCCAUACUGGCGAGAAGCCGUAUGCGUGUGAUGUCGAAGGCUGCGGUCGUCAUUUCUCUGUUGUAUCGAAUCUGCGUCGUCACAAAAAGGUCCACAAAGGGGAGAAGGAGACCGGAUCUGGCGAAGAUGAAGAUUAG